UGGGGCCGCGCCUCAGCGGGAGGUCGGCGGUACCGUCCGGCGAGUCGGCGGAGUGAGGAGUUGUCAGGACACUGAAGGAGACGGAGGAAAAAAAGGGGCAUGGAGGGUCUGGAACUGCCUUAUGUGCUAAUUGACCGUAUAGGAGGGAAGCAUGGAGUAUACGAAGACCAUGUUGAAUAUCUGGAGAAACAUUUUCAUCUCAUCACCAUGGAAGAAUAUCUCGAAAACAAGAAAUUUCUCAGCAAAAAGAUCAGAGCUAUUUAUAUGUGGUAUCACAAACCAGUUAUUAAUGAAGAGCUGCUCCAGAGCUUGCCUAACUUGAAGAUAGUUGCAAGCUCUGGAGUGGGAAUAGAUCACUUGGACCUGAACCUCCUCUCCAGCUACGGUGUGAAAGUGUCCAACACUCCGUUUGUUGUUUCCACUGACACUGCAGACUUGGGGAUGGCUUUGAUGCUGGCAUCUUCCAGGAGACUUGUGGAAGGCUAUCAGAUGGCAGUCUCCCCCGACACGGAGUAUUUCCCCGCUGACUGGCUGGGGGCUGAGGUUUCUGGGGGGACCCUGGGGAUCGUGGGAAUGGGCACCAUUGGCUACAAGGUGGCCGAGAGAGCCAAAGCCUUUGAAAUGAAGAUUUUGUACCACAACAGGAAUCGGAGAAACAAGGAAGAAGAAAGUGCCGUUGGAGCUGUUUACUGUAAGAAGAUAGAUGAUUUGCUCCAGCAGUCAGAUUUUGUGUUGCUGUCUGUGAACCUGACUCCACAGACACACAAACUGAUUGGGAAGAGGGAGCUGGAGCUGAUGAAACCCACAGCUACUCUCAUUAAUAUCAGCAGAGGUCUGGUGGUGGAUCAGGAUGCUUUGGUGGAAGCCCUUCAAAACAAAGUUAUUAAGGCAGCCGCUCUGGAUGUGACAUAUCCUGAACCUUUGCCGAGGGAUCACCCAUUGUUAAACCUGAAGAAUGUUCUAAUAACGCCUCACAUUGGAAGUGCCACCAAAAAGACACGCCGCCUUAUGAUGGAAAACAUGACGGAAAGCAUACAAGCGGGUCUUACAGGUCUUCCUAUCCCUAAUGAAGUGUUACUGUGAAGCGCCCUGCAUUUAAUGUUAAUGCCAUUAGUGUUUAUCCUGGUGUGAGGAAACAGUAAUUUGACCACUCUUCAUGUAAUUAUCCCCUGUGUGUUAUACAGAUAAAAUGUAUAAGGCAUGGAUUUAAUUUAUUUAAAUAACCAAAAGUGAUUCUGUGUGGAAAACUGCAGUAUUUUGUCGUGAACGUCAAUG